AUGAAUCCACACACGCCAAACGUGGUGCACCAAGUCGCAACCUCCACAUCAGGCAACAGGGGCAUUUCCAAAUGGUGGCCGAUCAGUUUUCUCAUAUCCGCUGUCAUCUUCUUCAUAAUUGGAGGCGGACUUUGGGGCGGAUCGAAUUCCAGCCGCUACAACUGCCGUACCUCAGGCCCAUAUUGUUCCAUCGCCUCUCACGGCGAGUUCUAUGGCGCAAUCGGCUGUUUCGCGCUCGGGGUUGUGUUGAAGAUCGCGGGCUGGAUUCUCCUGAUCGUCUAUCUCGUGAAACGGCGUCGUCUUCGGGCUACAGCUAUUACACACGUCAAUGCCCCUACUACAGAUAAGCGAUACCAUUCGCAACAUCUACCUACCUAUUCCGGCGGACCGCAAUGCACGCCUAUGUCGCCUGCCCCGACUCCUAUGCCUAUCUAUAACAACGCUCCUUCGCAAUUCCAUGAUGAAAUAUACGAAGCCCCUUCGCAUAAUCUACAAAGCCCUAUAGAACUUCCGGGUUUUGAGCAACCUCAUGCUCUCCCGGGCCCCCUGAAACGAACGAAGUGA